CAGCACGACCGGCGUUUCAGAGCCGCGUAUCGGUAGUCGCGAGACGAGACAGUCGGUGACGGGUUGCGGUCGUCUAGUGUGGCGUAGUGUGAACAGUUUUUCGAUCGCCUCCUUCCCCCUUGUGUUCAAAAAUGAGCUGGCAGGAUUACGUUGAUAAGCAGUUGCUCGCGUCGAGAUGUGUUACCAAAGCGGCGAUUGCCGGACACGAUGGCAACGUAUGGGCGAAAUCCGAGGGCUUCGAAGUAAGUAAAGAAGAGCUCGCGAAAUUAGUGCAGAGCUUCGAGGAGCAGGACAUCCUGACGUCGUCGGGCGUUACCUUAGCCGGCAGCAGGUAUAUCUACCUAUCAGGCACGGACCGUGUGAUAAGGGCAAAACUUGGCAAAAUCGGCGUACACUGCAUGAAGACGACGCAGGCCGUAGUUGUCUCCCUAUACGAGGACCCCAUACAGCCUCAACAGGCCGCAUCUGUCGUUGAAAAACUGGGCGAGUACCUCGUGUCCUGCGGCUAUUAGUAACCUCUGGGACCCAACACAAAUAUCUAAUAUUAAUAAUAAACGAUAUCGGUCGAUUAUUUUAAUGAACAGCGAAUGGAAUGCGCCAUGCCGCGCGAGUCGCGCCGGAACUGCCGCAAGCCCUGCCGCGCGACAACCCACGAAUGAAGAACAGCAACAACAGCAACAACACACAGAGCGACGACAGUAGUAACCACUAUCAUUACUGCUCCAGUCAUCAAUCUCUUCUCUUCGAUUUCUGUUUCUUUUUUUUUUCCCCUUUUUUUUUCCACCCUUUGGAGUUGACGCGCAGAGAACGGGAAGAAAGAGGCACGCGCGCGAAUCUACGCAUGCACCAUACGUAAACAACGAGAUGCACCCUUCUUCCCUUUCCCCUCUCCUUUCUUUUACGCAAUCUGACAUUCUUGCGGCCUCCUUUUAAUCCUUUUCGGAGCUCUUCUCUCACAAACGACAAAACACGUAUACGUACUUAAGCAUCUACAGUUAAGAUCCUCGUAGGCGCGUGUACUCGGUGGUGCGUGACAAGCGCGAACGUCGAAAAACGUAUCGGCACGUAUGAUCGUUAUGCCGAUAUCCCGAUAUCAUUGUGCCACACACCUGCUCUCUAUGCUCGCAAACUCCGCGAACGAACGGCUGUGACGAUGCGCGAGAUCGCAUAUCCGAGAUGACGGAUGAAAAUCGAUAGCGCAACGAUCAAUACCGGAAUGCCGAUACCGUACGGUGAUAGAAUGAUAUUGUGCAUCACGCGUGAUGACAUCGACGUCGCGGGAUUCGAUUGUGUAGGAUUUGCGAGCGAUCCGCGCGCGUGCUAUUCUCGAAAGAGCGCGAUAAAUUGCGACAAACGCGCGUGACGAAUUCUUCGCGAUCUUUUCUCACAACAUCUGAUCGAGUGUCUUUUUCCCAUCGGAAAAAUAAAAGCAUGAAACGCGAUGGAUUGUGAAGCGCGCGUCGCAAUUUGUCGCGCGACGAAAGCGACCAGCAGCGAGGCUCUUUGGACGCGAGACGUCGCAUCUUCCACUUUUCGUUCAGCUUUUUCUUCGGAGGGGAAGCGCGGUCGUUUCCGCGCGAGAAAUUUGGCUGUCCUCGUUUCGAGGACACGUGUCCGCGGGUCACGCGUAUGCGGCGUACGCGGAAGCGAUCUCUUCUUGUAUCAUACACUCAACACACCCGCUUCGUUCACGCACCCAGCUUCACGCGCGCACAAAGUACAUCGACGAUCGAUUGACGAAUAUCAAAGAGAGAGAGAGAGAGAGAGAGAGAGAGAGAGAGAGAAAACGUGAAAGAGAGAUGGAGAAUAAGAGAGUGGAAAAGAGAGAAAGAGCGCGACACGUCGAACUUUUGUGACCGCUUACGCGGUGUUUCGCUGACGAAAAAAAAAAAAAAAACAAUACACACACAUAUACACGUAUGAAUUAAAUAUAAGAAGUAAUGAUAAUAAAUAAUAAUAAACUAUUGUGUGUUAGGCUUACAAUCUUUUUCGUAGGGCACGAAAGGGUGAGCGCGCGGGCGAGAGUAUGAAAGAGAGAGAGAGAGAGAAUAAAAGGUAUAGCGAGUAUUAGGGAAAUUUGGUAAGGUUGAGAAAGAGAGGAAGAGAAAAAGAGAGAGCAAGUAUGAGGAACGUUUGGGAUGAGAGCGAGGGAGAGAAAGGGAUAGUGCGAAUGGGAGAUGCAGAGUGAGAGAUAAAAAGAAUGAUCGAUGAUCGGAAAAAUCGAUGGAAAAGGAAUUGAUUUUGAAAUCGACUGCGCGAGCCGAAGAAGAUGAGAAGAGAAAAAGAGAGAGAGAGAGGAAGAGGUGAAUGAGAGAGAGCGAGAGGUAGAGAGAAAGAGAGAGAGAGAGAGUGAGAAGAGAGCAAAUGCGAAAGUAUAAUGAUGGCGAUAACGAUGGCGGCGGCGAUAAUAACAUGAUGAUGAUAAAACGAUGACAAUGCGGGCGAGCAUGCGGCAGCGGGUGAUACGGCACGGAUUGGCCGCAAUCCUGGCCGCCUCCCCCAUCCCCCCAAGAAUUGAUACGGUCCUUUUAGCUAUUUACUGUCUUUAUUAUUGCUAUGUGUAAGAAGAAUAAAACAAAAUGGCGAACGAUGUGUCA